ACGCGGCACGUCUCCAUGUGUAACAUUGAGACGUGCCAGUGCUGUCGGCGAGCAACCCAGGCAGACAAGGCGGCGGGAGCGUUGUGUGAACCACAGCAGGAGCUUUACAUGCUUGCAUGUUAAUUGUCCCGUGUGAAGUCAAACACGAGCUGGCAAGCUAAUUUAAUACAGGAGCCUCGAGUUAAGAGUUAUAAAAUUUGACUAAGAAGUGUUUUGAUACUUCGUCUACCACACGGCCAUUUCGGAGUGCAUAAUUUCAACAGAAUUGAUUCAAUGCAAGCACACUGGACUGGCUGACACUAUUUGUCUUGCCAGCAGCUGUCUUACCAGCAGUCAGGCUCGCUUAAACCAAUUCGUGAGUGGUUGCGCGAAAAAACACUUGCUUAUAGGAAAGGACCCGCUUUAUUACAUGUGUCCGAGUUUGAUGCAAGCCUAGAAUACACUACAGAAUAAUCAUGAGUGUCUUUGUGGAGAAUGAGGAACCGAAUAAGCAGACAAGCCUCAAUGUCUCCCUACACAUUAAUUAUGUGCAUCUGGAAGUUCGUGCGAAUGACCGUAACAAAUGCUCGUAUGUUUACGUGGGUAGAUAUGUGGUGGAUGUUCAUUGUGUUCUCCACGAAGACGAGUGGUUGCGCUGAGAAAUGUGUGCAUGGAUGUACUGUAUGCGCUCGUGGGACGCAUUGGGCUCGUGCUUGUAAAUACCACAGGGUCCCCGGCAUUGGGGGUUGUGUGAACUGCUUACAGCAUCCACUCGCUCAUAAAUAAUGCGGGAUUUGGACAGCGGUGAGAUAAGCGGGCAUUAAAACGAAAACCUUGUGCAAAGUAGCGUGGAGAGGGUCGCGCUUGGCAUUACAGAGAGGAAGAGAAAUGUGGAGUAGAGACCGCAGGUUAAUGACAUCUUCCAAACUUAGGAAAAGUGAGUGGGCUUUGGCCGGACGCGUCACGGCUGUAAGGUAGGGUGGACGAUGGUGAAGCAUAACAGUGGCAGCCAGUGAGAAGGCCGUCCACUGAAGAGAUGGAGCGAUGAAAUGGGUUAAGAUGGGUGGAUUGUUGCGUCGCAAGGUUGUGAGGUGAUGGUAGAUUGGGGAGGCCUUCAUCCAGCAGUGGAUCAUGACCGAUGAAUUUGUGGUAAAUUUCCAGCGAUUGGUGGAGGUAUUGUUAUCCUGAACACGGGGGUAAGUGGCUCACUGGGUGGGUGAGUGGUUGGAUGGGUGGCUGAGUCAGGUGGGUGAGUGGUUGGAUGAGAGGUGGGUGAGUGAGUGGAGACUGCGGGGUCCCCAGGUCCGAGCCUCCCUCUGCACGCAGUCACGUGGGGCGUGGCCGGGUGUAGCGGGGGGAUGCGAGAGGGAGCAGGCGCGUGCUGAACCCCAUUAUCACAUCCGCAUCCCUCUCCACCCCGCGGAUCUCAUCAGGGACGGGGUGACGAGGAGUGAACUGAGAGUACAAGCCGCUACCUCCAGUCUUUGAUCCCUUUUCGUUUAUGAUUCGAGCAUCUGAUCCCCGGGCCACCACCGCACGUCGUUUAUUCCCCCCACGUCUCUGAUUCCUGGGCGGGCGGACGGACGGGCGGGCGGGCGCGAUGUCUCGCUGGAUCAGAGAGCACCUGGGAGGCCUGGGCUUCGGCGGGACGCGGAGGCCACCACCCCCGGAGCCCCCACAGCCCGACUACAGCGCCGAGCCGGAGCUGUCCUGGUGAAUUAAAGAGACGCAGUGACACACGCGUACACAGUGUCGGGGCAAGUGCUGUUAGCGAGCAUCUAUGAAGCUACACGAAGGGGAUGGUCAGCAUCGCGCCCGGCCGCCUUUGUCUCCCUAUUUGCGAUGUUUAUACACCGAACCAGGUUUUCAUUUGAGGCUAAGUCGACGUUGGUCGUGCGCGGGAAUCGAUGUCGGGUCGCAGGAUUCAUGGCGCAUUGUGCUAACCACUGCGCCACCGCUCUCACGCAUAUUCAUCUGUGUACACAGUCACAUCUGUCAUUGUAAUUCAGCUCGUGCAAAGCGGUGGGACGCAUCACGUGGGAGAGAGAGAGGAGGUGUUUGUUGACUCUGAAGGGUAGAGCAGAAGCGGAGGACCUGGAUGUGUCGGAGAGUGGACAGCACGGGUGUCUGGGGGAAGGCAACUCCAGGCGGUCGGGGCAGCAGAGGAGCAGAAGCGAGCGACCUCCCAGGUUGACUGAGGGCGUCCACAGAAAGCGUUGGUUGCUGGAUGGGAGUGAGAUGAGAGGGGAGAGUGGAGUGGUGCUGGUCGUGCCCGACCUGGAGCGCGCGUACAGGGCCCAGCGCGACCGCGACUUUGCCGACCCCUACACCACGACCGACCAGAGCGACGGCCUCGGGGAGAGUGGGUCCGCUCGGCCCGGCGCGGGAGAGACGUUAGAGGCCGUCAGGCCCUCGCCGCCGCCGCCACCACCACCGAGCCUGACGUCCGCAUCACCAAAACAUCGGCUCAUCCGUGUGGUCGGCAAGGUGGCAUCACCAGAGGAGCGCGAGGACCCCGCAGAGGGACCGACCCCCCCAACUCCGCCGUGCCUCCACAUAGAGAGCGACAGCGGCUGCAGGAAAGGGCCCAUCCUCCCAUCCCCCACGGCAGAUGUGGAGGCGAAGGAGGAGGCGGGGAGUGUCAGGCCGCUCCCCUUGCACCACCUGUACGACACGCCCUACGAGCCCCCAUUUGCCCGGGGACUCCCCCAGCCUGAGUCCCCGUCUGGCAACGAGAGGGUGAAGGCGCCACCAGGGGACCCCGCUCGACUUGCCGAAACAGCGCCGCCGGAUCCGGACUGCGACCCACCUGCCUCCUCGAGCCCAACCCAGGCCCUGGCGCUCCUGCCCUCACACCCCUCCACAUCGCGCGUGCCCUCCGCCCUCUCUUCCAUUCCCUCGGAGCCCCCCUCGCAGCCCCCCGCCCGAGACAGUCGAAUGCCCAAGGAUGACGAUCGGCCUCCGGAGGAGUACGACCAGCCCUGGGAGUGGAAGCGCGACUGCAUCUCGCAGGCCUUCGCUGCGGACGUGAGCUGCACAGACGAGCUGCCAUGGCCUCCGCCAGUCGGGCAGCUGGACGGGGAAGCGGGGCCCAGCAUCGUGCCUGGCGGUCCGGAGUCAUCCGGCGAUGGGCGAGACAGCCUUUGCUCGAGCCUGGGACAUGGUGACACAGAUGCAGAGCCCGUGGGGACGGCCGCGGAGGAGCCACAGGCGAACAGAGUGGGGACGGACGCGGACGACCACGCCAUGGGGCAGCAGCUCUGGUUCCAUGGAGACAUCGGCCGCGUGGAAGCCGAGCAGAUCUUGCAGCAGCACCGCACAUCCAGCUUCCUGGUGCGGCCCAGUGAGAGCGACCCCCGUGAACUCUCUCUCUCGCUCCGGAGCACCGCGGGGUUUGUGCACAUGUGCGUGUCGUGGGACCAGGGCGGCCAUGUGGUGCUCGGAGGAAACUCUCCGCCCUUCGCCUCGGUCCCGGAGGCCGUCCUCUUUUACCGCAGACGGCGUCUGCCAGUGCGGGGCGCCGAGCAGCUCUCCCUGCGGCACCCCGUGCCACCCUCCUCCUCCCUCUCUUGCCAUGUCGCUCACCCAGCCUGCGCCUCGUCGCCCUCUGAGCGACGAUGGCCUCUCGCUCUCCUAGAGGCCAGAGCGGUGAUCCGAGUCUGCAAUUCCGUGCCAAUCGCUGCCGAGAGCAGAGGCGCCUGCCACACGGCUCGCUCGCCUCCCCUGGGGGACGCAGAGCACCCAGAGCGCAACCGGGAACAGAUGCAACAUCACCAGAGGCACAGGCACGGCCCUGCCACUAGCACACGUCCUAAUCUACGGCCAGCGUCUGUACUCAUAGAGUGUGUGGAAGGGAGUGGAGUGAGGGAGAGGUAGGCAGGAGUGAGCGUAUUCUUGCCAUGAUCUGGGAUUGAAUCUGGAGCCAGUGGAGGGACCGAGUGUCGGGGUGAUGUCUCUCAACAUGAACCCACACAACCAUCAAUGUGUUUGUGUUUAACGCCGACUCGGGUGAAUAAAGCACAGAGGGAACCAUGUGCCGUCCUAUGCGGUGA